GUGUGAGGUGAGGUGUCUCAGAAAGUAUAAUGCACACAAUUCCAAUGGACAAGUGCUUUCUCCAAAUCAAAAGUGGGAGUGAAGAGUGCCCACAAUGGAGAAAGUAGGAAGAAUGACAUCUCUUUUUUAAGUAGCUCUGAAAUAUAUUGGAUCAAGUUCAAUUCUGAGUUGCUUCCGUCCAAGAUUCUAUGCCUCACAAGGCCACUUUCCUUGGGGCAUUUUCUUUAUAAGGACAUCUUUGAGUACAACCAAGGCUUGUGAAGAUCUUUUCAAGGAAAAAAAAGAAGACAUGCAAGAGCAGUUGUAGAAACUUUCACAUAUUUGAGUUGAAACACCAAAGAAGUGCUCUUCAAGAAUACAGGACAACCAAAUUUCAGUUUAGCUGCUUGGAUUCAGAAGGUGUAGUACAAAACAGAUAAUGUACUAUCCGCAGCAGCAACAAGCUAAGAACAUGCAUGCUUUAAGGAUGCACAACCCUACUGAGAGGCAUAUGAUGAUGCAAGGAGGCAAUGGAACUGGUGAUUCAGGACUUGUUCUUUCAACUGAUGCUAAGCCUAGACUAAAAUGGACACCAGAUCUUCAUGAACGGUUCAUAGAAGCAGUCAAUCAACUUGGAGGAGCAGACAAAGCUACACCAAAAACAGUAUUGAAACAGAUGGGGAUUCCUGGACUUACUCUCUACCAUUUAAAGAGUCAUCUACAAAAAUACAGGAUUAGUAAAAAUAUGCAUGGACAAACCAAUACUGGCAACAAUAAAAUUGUAUCAACCACAGAAGCAACAGGCAGAAUGUCAGAAGCAAGUGGAAUUCAAAUGAAACAUUUAAACAUAGGCCUCCAGACAAACAAAAAUUCAGAAAUAAAUGAGGCGUUACAUAUGCAAAUUGAAGUACAGAGAAGACUACAUGAGCAGCUUGAGCAGGUACAGCGACACUUACAAUUAAGGAUAGAGGCACAGGGGAAGUACCUCCAGGCAGUGUUGGAAAAAGCACAAGAGACACUAGGGAGACAAAAUCUAGGUGCUGAGGGGGUUGAAGCUGCCAAGGUUCAACUAUCCGAACUUGCAUCCAGAGUGUCCUCUCAAUGCCUUGACUCUAAAUAUUCAGAACUGAAAGAACUGCAGGCUCUGUGGCCUCAGCAAUCACAAGAAGGCCAAGUCACUGAUUGUUCAAUUGGUAGUUUCUUAACCUAUGAUGAGGAAUCUCAAAGAGAUAGAGAAACACACAACAUUGGCCUGAAUUUGAGAGCCUAUAAUAAUGGCCCUCCAUUUGUAGUUUCAAAAGAGUGUGUGGAAGAGCCUAUGCACUUAAAGUCUGAUCUCACACUGAGUGAAGAAGUGAAGAAGAAUAUGAUGUUUCUUUCCUCAUCAAGAGAUGAUAAAGUAGUGAAGGGAAAUUUCUUACCAGAAAGGUCCUCAAACCUCUUAUCCAUGAACGUAGGAGUUCAUGAAGAAGAAAAAAUUGGGAGAUCAAUUCUUUCAAAGGAAGAAAACUGGAAGGGAAGAGAGAACACUGAAACUGGGAGAAUGCCAAUUAAACUAAACCAUGAGAAGAUUUCUCAAGAUUAUAGACUUGCCAACUUUGAAGUGAAACUGGACUUGAAUUCACAUGAUGAUAAUGAUGCUUCUUCUCACUGCCAACAGUUUGAUUUGAAUGGAUUUAGUUGGAAUUGCUAGGACUUAAAGUAUGUAAAAUUUCGACAUGAAGGGCUCAUGUUGAGUUCCAACUCCAUAUGAAUUUUCAUUUUUGGGGAGUAACUUGGAUCUAGUUUUUAGCACAUGUCAAUUACAAUCCAUUGACAAUAACUGAGAUGAACAGAAUAAUUUACUCAAUCCAAUAUAGACUUCAUGUAGAAUUACUUAUGUACACUACAUCAAUCAAAAGUGAGUAGAGUAUAUACUAUGACCUUUAACAUGUAUGAUGUUAAUUUAAGAGCUCAAAGGAUAUUGAAAUGCUUAUAUUAAAAAAUAAGCAUUUAAA